GUUGUAAAGAAAAAGCAGCGUACAAGAAUGGUGGAAUUUUUCAUUGAUGUGGCAAGAGAAUGCUUCAAUAUUGGAAACUUCAAUUCAAUGAUGGCUAUUAUCUCUGGCAUGAACUUGAGUCCCGUGGCACGGCUAAAGAAAACUUGGUCUAAGGUCAAAACAGCCAAAUUUGAUGUUUUAGAGCAUCACAUGGAUCCAUCCAGCAACUUUUGUAAUUACCGCACAGCCCUGCAAGGAGCAGCACAGCGAUCUCAGACUGCCAACAGCAAUCGAGAGAAAAUAGUCAUCCCAGUUUUCAACCUGUUUAUUAAAGAUAUCUACUUUCUGCACAAAAUACAUACGAACCGCUUGCCCAAUGGGCAGAUAAACUUCAAGAAAUUCUGGGAAAUUUCAAGACAGAUUCAUGAUUUCCUAACAUGGAAGCAGGUUGAGUGCCCUUUUGAAAAAGACAAGAAGAUCCAGAGCUAUCUACUCACAGCACCUAUUUAUAGUGAAGAAGCUCUGUUCAUUGCAUCCUUUGAAAGUGAAGGUCCAGAAAAUCACAUGGAAAAAGACAGCUGGAAAACACUCAGGACAACUCUACUUAACAGAGCCUGAGAUUUUUGGAUCUGAUCUGCAGACUUUGAAGCACAUCAAAUGGACGUGUUUUUACAACCUGAAAGACAUGGACUGAGCUAAGACAGACCUCACUGGCUGAGGUCUCUUUUGUAUAUACAGUAACUUUUAUGAAAUAAAAUGUGGUAAAUAUUUCACAUGUCAACCUUAAGGCACUUAAGUGAAGGGUUUUGUUUUUUUAUUUUAAAUA